CGGAAGUGGAGGGUGCGCUUGGCGGCGGCGGCGGGAGCUGCGGAGUCGGGAAUCAAAACAAAGGGCCUGGGGGGGCGGGGGGAAGGCGGCGGGGCCGGAAUGUGAGCGGAGGUGGAGCCGGCGGCCGAGGGUGGAAGAAUGAAAGAAAAGAAAGAUGAAAGAAUGUUGAACCACUUUAUAUGGCUGUAUGAUGGAAGGAAGCGGAACUGAGGACUCCUGCAGUAGAACACCUGGAUGGCUGCAACAAAAUAAUGAUGCUAAGCCAUGGCUUUGGAAAUUCUCUAAUUGCUUUUCUCGUCCUGAGCAGACAUUGCCACUUAGUCCCCAAACGAAAGAGUACAUGGAGAACAAGAAAGUUGCUGUGGAAUUAAAGGAUGUGCCAUCUCCCCUUCAUGCUGGCUCUAAGCUUUUUCCAGCAGUCCCACUUCCAGAUAUCCAUUCUCUUCAGCAACCUAAAAUACAGCUUUCACCUGUCCCCAAAGUAAGCUGCUGUGCUCAUUGCCCUAAUGAACCCUCCACGUCGCCAAUGCAUUUUGGUGGUGGCGGUGGUGGCGGUAGUGGAGGUACCGGUAGCUUGAUUCACCCCGGCGCACUGUUAGACUCGCAGAGCACCAGGACCAUCACGUGUCAGGUAGGGUCAGGGUUCGCUUUCCAGUCUGCGUCUUCACUCCAGAAUGCCUCAGCUAGGAACAGUGUGGCCGGCAUUGCAAGUGACUUUCCCAGCAUGUGUCUAGAAAGUAAUCUGUCUUCCUGCAAACACCUGCCCUGUUGCGGGAAGCUUCAUUUCCAAUCAUGUCACGGUAACGUGCACAAGCUGCAUCAGUUCCAGGCUCUUCAGGGCUGCACCUCUGCUGGCUACUUCCCCUGUUCCGAUUUCACAAGCGGGGCUCCAGGGCAUUUGGAAGAGCACAUUUCACAGUCGGAGCUUACGCCUCACUUGUGCACCAAUUCUUUGCACCUAAAUGUGGUACCUCCGGUUUGUUUAAAGGGCUCACUUUACUGCGAAGACUGUCUGAACAAGCCGGCAAGAAAUAGUAUAAUUGAUGCUGCUAAAGUCUGGCCAAAUAUACCACCUCCAAAUACUCAAACUGCACCUGUUACUAUUCCUCUGUGUAAUGGCUGUGGAACCAAAGGAACAGGGAAGGAGACCACGUUGUUAUUGGCGACCAGUCUAGGCAAAGCUGCUUCGAAAUUUGGGUCACCAGAAGUUGCACUAGCCGGACAGGUGCUGGAAAAUUUACCCCCCAUUGGAGUUUUUUGGGAUAUUGAAAACUGUUCAGUUCCCUCUGGCCGCUCAGCUACUGCUGUUGUACAGAGAAUCCGUGAGAAGUUUUUUAAAGGCCACAGAGAAGCAGAAUUCAUCUGUGUGUGCGACAUUAGUAAAGAAAACAAAGAAGUUAUUCAAGAGCUGAAUAAUUGCCAGGUAACUGUUGCCCACAUCAACGCUACUGCAAAGAAUGCAGCUGACGAUAAGCUCCGCCAGAGUCUCCGAAGGUUCGCGAACACGCACACUGCUCCGGCCACUGUGGUUCUUGUAUCGACUGAUGUCAAUUUUGCAUUGGAACUCAGUGACCUGAGACACAGGCAUGGUUUCCACAUAAUUUUGGUCCAUAAAAACCAGGCCUCAGAAGCGCUGCUGCAUCACGCGAAUGAGCUGAUCAGAUUCGAAGAGUUCAUUUCCGACCUGCCCCCUAGGUUACCACUAAAAAUGCCACAGUGCCACACUCUGCUCUAUGUUUAUAACCUACCAGCAAAUAAAGAUGGCAAGAGCGUCAGCAGCAGGCUCAGGCGCCUGUCUGAUAAUUGUGGUGGGAGAGUGCUGAGUAUCACGGGCCGCAGUGCGAUUCUCCGCUUCAUAAACCAAGAUAGUGCAGAACGGGCGCAGAAGCGAAUGGAAAACGAAGAUGUCUUUGGUAAUAGGAUCAUUGUGUCAUUUACUCCAAAAACUAGAGAACUCUGUGAGACAAAGGGUUCCAGUGCAAUUGCCGAUAAAGCGAAGUCUCCCAAAAAACUUAAGAAUCCAAAAUUGUGCCUCAUCAAAGAUACAAGUGAACAAUCUUCCAGUGCCAAAGCCACGCCUGGAAAAGGGUCGCAGGCAAAUUCUGGAUCUGCUACAAAAAACACAAAUGUUAAAAGUUUACAGGAGCUGUGCCGCCUGGAGUCGAGGACUGGAACUAGAAGCAGUGACUCCCAGCAGGGUCACCCGAGGCUGGCCGCACCUCCUCACAGGAGCUCGAGUGCCGCAGCACCCGCACCUAAGAACUCGGGGACUCCAGAGUCCGCGUACAAAACCAAUCCGAAAAAAGAGAACCUCUGCGCCCGAAGUGUCACCAGUUCUCCUGUGGAGAAGAGAGAUAAAGAGGAGACCCCGUUCCAAGUGAGUUACCCGUCGGCUUUCAGCAAGUUGAUCACAUCAAGGCAGAUCAGUCCUCUGCUCGCCGCACAGUCUUGGUCUUCUCGCAGGAGUAUGUCUCCAAACCUUUUAAACAGAACGUCCCCACUUGCUUUCAACAUUGCCAAUCCGAGCACUGGUGCCGACAGCCCAGACCCAUUUGCAAAUGGUGCUGACAUCCAGAUCAGCAACAUCGACUACAGAUUGUCCCGGAAGGAGCUGCAACAGCUCAUGCAGGAAGCGUUUUCUAGGCACGGCAAGGUGAAGAGUGUUGAGCUCAGCCCCCAUACAGAUUAUCAGCUCAAGGCUGUUGUUCAGAUGGAGAACUUACAAGAAGCAAUCAGUGCGGUGAAUAACCUUCACAGAUACAAAAUUGGCAGCAAGAAGAUCCUGGUCUCACUUGCCACAGGAGCUGCUAAUAAAUCACUCUCUUUACUGAGUGCAGAAACAAUGUCUAUUCUUCAGGAUGCCCCUGCCUGCUGUCUGCCUCUUUUUAAAUUUACAGAUAUCUAUGAGAAAAAGUUUGGACACAAGUUGAAUGUGUCAGAUUUAUAUAAAUUAACAGACACGGUCACAAUCCGUGAGCAAGGGAAUGGCAGGCUGGUGUGUCUCCUCCCCAGCAGUCAGGCCCGGCAGAGCCCCUUGGGGUCUUCCCAGUCGCACGACGGCUCCUCGACGAAUUGCAGCCCAAUUAUAUUUGAAGAGUUAGAAUGUCACGGGCCUGUCUGCAGACAGCAUUGUUCCAAUAAGGACUUCAGCGAACAUGAAUUUGAUCCAGACUCGUAUAAGAUUCCUUUUGUGAUUCUCUCUUUGAAGACGUUUGCGCCCCAGGUUCACAGUCUUCUGCAGACACACGAGGGCACCGUGCCUUUGUUAAGCUUUCCAGAUUGUUACGCUGCCGAGUUUGGCGAGCUGGAAGUACUGCAGGAGAAUCAAGCGGGCGUUCCCUUAGAACACCUCGUCACCUGUGUUCCGGGCGUAAACAUUGCCACUGCGCAGAGUGGCAUCAAAGUGGUCAGAUGGAUCCACAACAAGCCCCCGCCUCCAAACACAGAUCCUUGGCUUCUGCGUUCUAAAAGUCCUGUGGGCAACCCCCAGCUGAUCCAGUUCAGCAGGGAAGUGAUCGACCUGUUGAAGAGCCAGCCGUCCUGUGUCAUCCCCAUUAGUAAUUUCAUCCCGUCCUACCACCACCAUUUUGCAAAGCAGUGUCGGGUAUCAGACUAUGGGUAUUCCAAGCUGAUAGAAUUAUUGGAAGCCGUGCCUCACGUAUUGCAGAUUCUCGGAAUGGGCUCCAAACGUCUUUUGACCCUUACCCACAGGGCCCAGGUGAAGCGCUUUACUCAGGACUUACUAAAACUUCUCAAAUCCCAAGCCAGCAAACAGGUCAUUGUGAGGGAGUUCUCACAGGCUUAUCAUUGGUGUUUCUCAAAAGACUGGGAUGUCACCGAAUAUGGUGUUUGUGAGUUGAUCGAUAUUGUCUCAGAAAUCCCAGACACAACGAUCUGCUUGUCCCAACAAGAUAAUGAAAUGGUGAUUUGUAUCCCCAAGAGAGAGCGUACCCAGGAUGAAAUAGAAAGGACAAAACAGUUCUCCAAGGAUGUUGUCGAUUUGCUCCGGCAUCAGCCGCACUUCCGGAUGCCCUUUAACAAAUUUAUCCCCUCCUACCACCACCACUUUGGCCGGCAGUGCAAACUCGCGUACUACGGGUUUACUAAACUACUUGAACUUUUUGAAGCCAUACCUGAUAUUUUACAAGUAUUGGAAUGCGGAGAAGAAAAAAUCCUCACUUUGACAGAGGUGGAACGAGUCAAAGCUCUGGCUGCCCAGUUUGUCAAACUCCUUCGGUCCCAGAAGGAUAACUGCCUUAUGAUGACCGAUCUGCUUACAGAAUAUGCUAAAACUUUUGGUUACACAUUUCGUCUCCAAGACUAUGAUGUCAGUUCAAUUUCGGCUUUAACACAGAAACUCUGCCAUGUGGUAAAGAUUGCCGACAUGGAGUCGGGCAAACAGAUCCAGCUGAUCAACCGCAAGUCCCUGCGUGCCCUCACUGCCCAGCUGCUGGUGUUGCUGAUGUCUUGGGAAGGAGCUGCCCACCUUUCUGUCGAUGAGCUCAAGAAACAUUACGAAACCACCCACAGUGUUCCCCUCAACCCCUGUGAAUACGGAUUCAUGACCUUGACCGAACUUCUGAAGAGUCUGCCCUACUUAGUGGAGGUUUUCACCAAUGAUAAGACAGAGGAGUGUGUGAGGCUUACCAGCCUGUACUUGUUUGCCAAGAACGUGCGCUCUUUACUUCAUACGUACCACUACCAGCAGCUUUUUCUCCAUGAGUUUUCCGUGGCCUAUACCAAAUACGUCGGAGAAACCCUGCAGCCCGAGACGUAUGGCUGCAGCAGCGUGGAGGAGCUCUUGGGAGCAAUCCCGCAGGUGGUCUGGAUAAAAGGACAUGGUCAUAAGAGAAUUGUAGUGUUAAAAAAUGACAUGAAAUGUCGAUUGAGUUCCCUCGGGCUUGCCCCCACCCAUUCUGAAAACCAGCCCUUGGCCACAGAGCACAUCUCAGUGGUGCCUGAAUCUGGCACAGCUAUGGAACUUGAACUCGGAGCAGGCAGCGAUGGGCCCCACCAGACAGAGCAGGAGCUUCUCCGCCUGACCAGUGACUCCCCUGUGGACCUUCUGUGUGCACCCGUCCCUUCGUGCCUGCCGUCCCCACAGCUGAGACCGGAUCCUGUCGUCCUCCAGUCUGCUGAUCUCAUUCAGUUUGAGGAACACCCUCAGGAGUGUUCUGAAAUUAUGAUUUUAAACCAAGAAGAGAAAAUUGAAAUUCCAGUACCAGUAAAGAGUAACAACCCAGCCUCGGACUCCAGCUCCUCUGGCAUCUCUGCAGCUGUCCUGGUGCCUCCCUGCCCCUCCUCGGAAACCUCAGAGUCACUGCCCAGCAAGGACCCCAUGGAAAGCCCAGCCAAAAAGCAACCCAAAAAUAGAGUAAAAUUGGCAGCCAAUUUUUCCUUUGCUCCUAUAACCAAGCUUUGACUCGCGUUUUGAACAUAGAAUUAGGAUGGGGAAACACUGUCUGAUUCUGCACACAAAAGUGGGUUCAGAAAACACAGCCUUUUCCGUUUGAAUGCAAACCCCCUAGAAGCCAAUUUCUUAUCAGAUUUAUCCCAUAACGUUUGGUUUCUUUGACGUUGAACACAGCUUUAAAGCUGAAGUGUUUCUUUCUUUUUUUUCCCUCCCCCAAUUUUUUGGAAAAA